AUGAGUAGUAGUACUGUUGGUAGUAGUGAUAAGAAGAAGAAGAAGAAAGAGACAAUGAGAGAUCCCUUAAAGGCACUGGAACAGUACGAUGGUCUUUCGGUGUACAUUCUUUCUUUUUUGGGAGGAUCCUGCCAACAAGAACAAGAACAAGAAGAAGACGACAAUGAUGAAUUUCCGUCUCCUCCAUUGGCCAUGUUGACUCUUGAGGAUGCGUACAAGUUGUACUGUCAGUUAUCGGGCGUGUGUCAACUGUGGCGUAGUUUGUGUCAAGAGUACGCCAGUGUCAUGGUUGGUCCUCUGUACAUCAAGAUUGUCAGUGGUGUUAGUAGUGGUACUAUCUUUGACAUUCAGAAUGAGCAGCGACUUGUUUGGGCGUGUCAAAAGAAGAUGCAGAUUGGAUUUUUGGAUCUGCAGAGUUUGCUUCCUGCUACGCAAGACACUGCAACUACAAAUUUGCUGCGAAUUGUCAAUUUGGUCCAUCAGUGUGAUAUUAAGGAUCAUUUGAAAGUGGUAAAGGCGUUUCUCAAGGAAGAAGAAGAUCCACUGGAUUUGAUCUACCAGGCUCUAGCUACCAAAUGCUCCAAUCUGAAGUCUCUCUCCUUGGUUCUACCAGCCAACAAUACCGUUGCCAUGGACAAUCCGCUCUUUGCCAUGAAAUCCAUUCAACAAUUGGAAGUCUUUUUCAAGAAAAAGCAACCAUCGUUAUGGGGACGACCUACGGAACAACCCACACGUCCCCCUAUCCAAUUGGUCUCCAACAUUAUGGCCAACAUGACCUCGCUGCAAACGGCAUGGCUCAAACUAUGGAGUCGAUUUUCGGCACAAGACGAAUUGCCCCUUCGAAUGCUUCUACACAGAGAUAUGGACUUUGCGCCCUACAUGGUGCCUCAGGAUAGUGAUGGCGACGAGGAAAGGUUGGAAGGAGAAGACAACAACAACAAUAAUGAUGACUCAAUCGCAAAUGUCACGAUGCAAGAAACACAAGGAGCCGAGCCUGACGACGACGACGACAUGCCAGAUCUUGUAGAGGGAAUUCUACCACCACAUCGAGAUCAUCAUGACGACAUGCCAAGUCUCGUGUCGCGGCCAGCGGUAGAUGAUGACGAUGAACCACCGCCACUUCGUUGGUCACCGCCACAACCACAUCGUGACGACGCCAACAUGCCUGCAUUUGUAGGGCAGGAUUUGGCUGCAUAUGAUGAUGAAUUCCCGCCACUCCGACAUCUACCAGUUGCACCACCACAUCGUGACAACGGUGGCAUGCCAGGUCUCGCACGGCGACCAACAGUCUACGAUUCGGAUAGUGAUGAACCACCCUUGAUGCCUCGAGAACUCAGUGAUGAUGACGAUUCCGACAGUGAUGAUGAUUAUGAUGCAGAGCAACCGCCACCCUUGAUGGCUCGAGAAACUUCCGAUGACGAUGACUCGGACGACGAUGGUCCACCACCACUACGGGCUCGCCCCAUGCAGCAUUAUGACGAUACGGACGACAGCGACUCGAACUCGUCGGGACCGCCUCCAUUGAUUCGUCGUGAAAACGUCGGUUGGUCCUCGUCGUCGGAUGAUGAUGACGAUUCCGAUGAUGAUGAUGAUAAUGCGGAAGACCAUAAUGACGAAGAAGUCUCGCGCAACAAUUUGCGUUUCGUGGUUGCCUCCAAGUCGCUGCAGACGCUCCACGUCGACAAGGGCAUUUGGGUACGAUGUGCAUGUCCGCAAUUGCAAAAGUUCUCGGCCGUGUCGGGAGGUCGCUUUUACGGUCGUCGCAAUGCCCACGUUGGCGGCACAUUGCCCAUUUUGAAUCCGCAACAAUUCAAUUCCAUUACGUCUAGUGAGUGGUACCAUCAAGCGGGUGGUGUGCUCCGUGUGACGGCGGGGGAAUUGACAUUUCGUGGCAUGGUGGUUCCACCGACGUGCGAGAUUACCUUUUCGGGAUUUGGUGCUCUGGUGGAUCAUGGUUACGGAUGGUCGAAUCGACUGUCCUAUGAACGAUACAGUCGUCUCUGUGCGGCCUUGAAGAACGAGCAGUUGUGGAAAUGA